AGAAAACCACGACAGAAAGGACGACACGUAGGCUGUGUCUAGUUUCACCCUGUACUGAGCCAAAAUGAACUUAAAUUGAAUACAUUCCAGCGUAUUUCAGACUGCAGUAUAUGUCGGUUCGUUAGUUUAGUCUUACUUGUAGUUUUUCGCUCCUGACGGUCCAAAUGGAGACAGCUAGAGGUGUGGUUCUGGCCACAGAGAGAUAUGGCAGUGCAGAGUCCUGGAAGUAUUUUGCAAAGGAUGCAGUGAUGGAGAGGAGAAGAGAUGGGAGUAAAUGUGAAUCAAGAGGAAACUCUAUUGUUGGAGCGUUUAAAAGUGUCUUUCUGCCUCAGGGCUAUCCAGAGAGCGUCAGUGAUGACUACCUGCAGUACCAGUUUUGGGAUACUGUGCAGGCUUUUUCCAGCUCUCUGUCAGGGACUCUGGCUACUCAGGCUUCUCUCAAAGGUGUCGGUGUUGGAAACCAAGAGGCGACGGUAGCUGCAGCCACAAUCACCUGGCUACUAAGAGGUUAUCCCUUAAAAUACACCACACAUGUAUGUAACUCUAGCACGGUGAGUGCAACCUGCAAACUAAUUGUCUUCUCUGCAGAUGGAACUGGCAUGUUGGGAAGAAUCCUCUUCGCUUGGCAGAAAGGGAGUAAACUGGACUCUGAGGCCAAAAAGUGGAGGCUUUUUGCUGAUGUCCUCAACGACAUCGCCAUGUUCAUGGAAAUAUUGGCUCCAUACUUUCCUGCUUGCUUCAUCCUGAUUGUCUGUACAGCCGGAAUAUUCAAGUCUCUUGUUGGAGUGGCAGGCGGAGCCACCAGAGCGGCUCUGACCGUUCAUCAGGCUCGCAGAGACAACAUGGCCGACAUCUCUGCCAAAGACGGCAGUCAGGAGACUUUAGUGAACCUGGCUGGACUGCUGGUCAGUUUGAUGCUCAUUCCCAUCGUCACAGAUAAUCCGAUACUGACGGUGAGCCUCUUCCUCCUCUUCACCGUCCUCCACCUCUUCGCCAACUACAAGGCUGUGCGCUCGGUUGUCAUGGAAACCUUAAACGAGGCGCGGCUCUCGAUUGUGCUGAAGGGUUACCUGAGAGACGGACGGGUCCUGAGUCCACUGGAGGCCAAUCAGAGAGAACCAGUUCUCCUGGAGUUCAGGAAAACGGUGCCAAUCAAACUUGGAGUGAGGCUACAGGAGGUGGUAGAAAGCCCAGAGGAUCUGAAUUUGGCUUUGAAGGAAAACAACAUGCCUUACCUUUUGGGAGUACGAAAUGGCUGUGUAUGCGUUUGUCUGGGACCAGAAGCAUCAGUACAUGAUGAAAUCAGAGCCAUGUGCCAAGCUGUGUGGCUCAGCAGCAAGUUGAGCCCUCCAACAUCCAGAGACCCUCCAACCCAAAGUAACUGGGAAAUGGUACAUGAGAGUCACAAGAUGAUGGACACUAUUUUCAAACCAUUUCUCAAAGGUGUGGAAGCUGCAGGAUGGGACACAACACGAACUUUACUGGACUGGGAUGAGUGGAGGGUUGAGUGGAAAACAAAGAACCACUGAGAUGUGCGACAUCUGCAGCCAUUUUGCAUUCUUUAUCACAGUUUUUAAUGUUGAUCAAACAGUGUUGUUUUUAAGUAUACAUUGUUUAAAACAUUCUGUGUGUAUGAUACAAGUAGAGAAAAAAGAAAUCUAUA